UCACAAGUAUGAACAGUGGUACAAACCUGCGCAUAGGAGUGAACAGGCCGUGUUGUCCAGAUUUCAUGGCGUCGAACGGAGUUUCCUAGGGAAAGUGUCUCCGUUUCACCCUUUUUUGCUUUUAACUGAAUGAGACUGAUCUGACGACUCUCUGGCAGCCACCGUUGACAGCUGAACUCUCCGUCCAAGAAGUGAAUUGCAUUUCAGAACUGAAAAAUGGGUGGAUGCUGCGCCGAUUUGCAGGGCAGGCUGCCCUACGCCACCCUCAUUGCCACAGUCAUGUGCGUGUCAGGGGUCGGCAUAUUUUGCUUCACCAUCUACAGAGGUGCCACUCUCACGUCACUCAUGUUUGAGCAUGUCUUCCACUUCCGGCUGACAUGGUUGGAGCCUACACAGUUGGGUUUGGUGAUUGGUGCCGCGUCGAUGGCCGCCCUCGGCCUCAUGAUGCUCUUCAUCGGCUGCCUGGCCACAGGUGCCACCAGACGCAAGGUGUACCGAGGUCACACGAGCAGGGUCGGAGGGCGAGUGACCUGCGCCAUCUUCAUGGUGCUCACUUACACCCUUCAGCUGGCGUGGCUGGCCGUUCUCAUUCUGCUGGUGCUGGUCGCUGCCACGUACUCCACCUUCAAAGCUCUCUGCAACGACAAAUUCACCCACCCUGAAAUUGAGUGCAUCAAUUUUGAAAUGUUCCACUUUUUCUUCCCGAAGAACACACCAAUCGAUGACUUGAAGGUCUGCCAGCAAGAAGCGACCGAGUUUUGCAAAGACUACGUCAAGAACGCCGAGCUGAUGGCCUACCUGGCUGCAAUCUCCUGCAUCAUUGUCAUUUUGAGUUUGAUUCACUACUUGAUGUGUCUCUCUGCAAACUAUGCCCAUAUUCGAGACCAGGAGAAAUUCCAAGACUUCCAGGAGAUGCAAUUCAUCACCGAUCCAGACAGCCACAUGGCCUCUAAGGAGCGCUUCUAGGAUACAGCCAGAGAAAUCUUCAGGCGAGGGGUGCACCAGCCUAGAGUGUGACAUCGGCGCACCGCUUCCUGGACAUUUCUUUGACCUCGGAAGAAAAUCUCUCGACUUUGUAAAUACUGAAAACGGGCAGCUUCCUUUGUUCCUUCGGAAGUUCGGCCACAAGUUUUUUUAUCACAAGUAUUACGGAAUCGCCAAUUUGUUCUUAGCAAUGGCUAUUGACUGAAUUCGAGCAAGUUGGAAGUGGCCAGUCGUCCAAUUUAUACCUUUGCCGAGAAUUUAAUUAUGGAGAUUUACUUUGGAAAAUUUUUCAGUUAAUUGAAAUAAAAAUUUAGAUUAUUCUGUGGGUCUUACAUCCAUUUCUGUUCUAAAGAAGCAAUAUUUUUGUCCAUUGAAAAAGAUAAACUUGAAUAAUCCAGUGUGCGAAUCAUUCAGUCAAUAUCCAUUUUUGGCACAAUUUUGGUGAGCCAGUGUUGUUCUUCAAAAAUGGGUCUCUUUAAACUAUAAUCAAAUCAGCACUGACACUUUGGAAGGAAAGUGCGUGAAAAUUGAAUCGAGUCAAAAUUGUCACAGCUAUCUUCUUGGUUAGUUCUAGAUUAGCAAGUAACGUAACUCACGAGUGCCUCUCAGACGCAAAGGCGGAAAGACUGUAAAUAAAUCUUUUUUUAACAUUUAGCAAUGUAUGACAUUCUGUGCAACAAUCUUAUACAAUGAAUUGCAUUUAGCCGACUUAGAUCCUUGUGAUUGCAUAUUAUUUUUAAUAAAACGCAGCAGCUCUUGUAUUAACAAUUUUAAUUUUAUUUC